UCCCUCUAUGAUCGGAAGCGAGGCCGGGGGGCGCUCUGGCCGGCCCCGCUCUAUGACCGAGCGCGCCGCCGUCUUGCGUCGGGGGGGCUGACGUUGGUCAACAAAGAUGGCGGCGGCGGCGGCGGCGGGGAGCAGCAACUACUGGGAGGAUCUAAGGAAACAGGCCCGGCAACUGGAAAACGAACUGGAUCUCAAGCUGGUUUCCUUCAGUAAAUUGUGCACCAGCUACAGCCAUGGCAGCUCUCGCGAUGGAAGAUGCGACAGGUAUAGCUCAGACACAACCCCUCUCUUGAACGGAUCCAGCCAAGACCGCAUGUUUGAAGCGAUGGCUGUGGAAAUUGAGCAACUCUUGGGGAAGCUGACCGCGGUCAACGACAAAAUGGCGGAGUACACCAACAGCGCCGGCAUCCCCUCCCUCAACGCGGCUCUGAUGCACACCCUGCAACGCCACAGAGACAUCUUGCAGGAUUACACCCAUGAAUUCCACAAAACCAAAACCAACUUCGUGGCCGUGCGGGAAAGAGAGAACCUGAUGGGCUCGGUCCGGAAAGACAUUGAGUCGUACAAAAGCGGUUGUGGUGUCAACAACAGGCGAACGGAACUUUUCUUGAAGGAGAACGAACACCUCCGAAACUCCGACCGGUUGAUCGAAGAGACGAUAAGCAUUGCCAUGGCGACAAAAGAAAACAUGACUUCGCAGCGAGGGAUGUUGAAAUCCAUACAGAGCAAGAUGAACACUUUGGCCAACCGUUUCCCAGCUGUGAACAGCCUCAUCCAGCGGAUCAACCUGCGGAAGCGACGCGACACCCUCAUCCUGGGGGGCGUGAUCAGCAUUUGCACCAUCCUCCUCCUCCUCUACGCCUUCCAUUGACGGAGGACGCACAGAGUGACUUCUGGGACUAUGUUCUGGGCGCCUGCGAAGGGGCAGGCGGACCGCUGCGGGACCACCACCACCACCCCCUCAAUCUGGGGACACGGAGACCAAGUGACCUAGGCAGGCGGACUCUCUUCCUCCUUCCUCCACGGAUGGCCACGAAGGUUCCCAAAGGUGCCCACGCGGUUCAUCCCUCGUCCUGUUCUCCCACGUUAAGGACACGGAUCCCUUCUUCCCGUUCAAUGUCCUUUGUUCCUUUUCUACCAUUUUGCUCCCGUAUAAAGUUAAGACCUGGCUCCCCCCACACCCCAAUUCAGCUGUUGUGUUUAUCUUCCAAAGGAGAUAAUUCUCCUUCUUCCUAACCUGUCUCCCCAAGAAACCCUGCUCCGAUAUUUAAAACAACUUCGCCCAGACUUUGCAACUUAAAACUUUGCAACUUAAACUCUGGUUGGAGAUCCGAGAACCAGAGAGAGAGAGAGAGAAAUUCUUCACCAGAUUUUGUGAUCCUCGGGGGAUCGGGUUGGUAAGUAUUCCACCGUUUUGGGGAAGGCCACUUCCUUCUGAUCUCUUUUUUUUCACAACAUCAAGAACAGCCAAAACGCACCGGUUCGCUGAUGGCGGGAAAAUGUUCCCAAAAACAAGAGACCGGAUUUUUCCUUUCGACGUGGACAACGUUCGUGAGACAGACCCCACUCCGUAGAGACUUUUCACCAAACUGGAAACGCAGUUGCUAUUUUACCGAUCCCGCUGGAAAACGAGCGAGCGCGUUUCUUUUCUCGCAAUGUUUUCCGAAUAGCGAGGGGGAUUAAAAGAGAGCGAGUGCCAUUUUGGUAUCCGAAUCGUCGAACUGUUUUAGCAGGGGUAAUUUGACCAAAAGAGUUUCCCGCAAGUCCUCGGCUUGUUUGUCCGGUUUUGGUUUGGUUCCCAUCUUGAAAAAAAGAUACCGGACAUCCCCCUACCCACCCUUGCUUCAAAGCAAAAAUAAAAUUAAAAAAAAAAAAAACAAU